AUUUCUAUAAUAGAAAUAUAAAGUUCUAUAAAGAAAUCCAGAUAUUACCAUGUUAUUCCUACUCUGGUUGGUAACUAUUGUCAUCGCUCUCGUACUGUACUAUCGUCAAGUUUAUUCAAGAUUUAGGAGAUGUGGCGUGAAGUACUUCAGACCUAUCCCAAUACUGGGGAAUUUGGCAAGAACCGUGUUUGGGCUAGAACACAUGGCAGACGAUCUUGAUAGAUAUUACAAUAACUUCCCUGAUGAAAAGUUUGUGGGCCGAUUCGAAUUCCUGAAACCAAUGCUAGUUAUGCGAGACUUAGAACUUAUAAAAAAGAUUACGGUGAAAGAUUUUGAAUACUUCUUGGAUCAUCGAACUAUGGUUGACGAAGACACUGAACCUUUCUUCGGAAGAAACUUAUUUUCAAUGAAAGGUCAAGAAUGGAAGGAUAUGCGGUCUACUCUAAGCCCAGCAUUUACCAGCUCCAAGAUGCGACUAAUGGUACCGUUUAUGGUGGAAGUUGGUGAACAGAUGCUGUUAGCUGUAAGAGCUAAGAUUCUGGAUUCAAAAGAACAAUACAUCGAUAUUGAUUCUAAAGAGAUGACUACGAGAUUCGCUAACGACGUGAUCGCAUCCUGUGCAUUUGGCAUCAAAGUGAAUUCGCACAAAGAUGAAAAUAACGAGUUCUACCAUCAAGGCAAGAAUGCAGCACAAUUCAAAUUCUUACAGUUUGUUAAAUUCCUUGCAAUCAACUCGUUUCCCAAGAUAAUGAAAACUUUAAAGAUAACAUUUUUCAGUGCAAAAACGUCUAGUUUCUUCGAGAAUAUAAUACGUAAUACUAUGUUACAUCGAGAAAAGAACAACAUCAUCAGACCAGACAUGAUACAUUUACUCAUGGAGGCUAAAAAAGGGAAAUUAUCACACGAUAGUGCAAUUUCACAAGAUGCCAACGCCGGUUUUGCUACCGUAGAAGAGUCGUCGAUUGGAAAGAAUAUUGUGGACAGAGCUUGGUCAGAAACUGAUAUAAUAGCCCAGGCUGCAAUAUUCUUUAUUGCUGGCUUUGAAGGGGUAUCCACGAUCAUGUCGUUUGCACUGCACGAGCUGGCUCUGAACCCUGAUGUUCAGGAAAAACUGAUAGAGGAAAUAAGAGAAAACAAUAAUCAGAAUGGUAGCAAAUUCGAUUACAACAGCGUUCAAGACAUGAAGUAUUUAGAUAUGGUAGUUUCAGAGGUGCUUCGACUAUGGACGCCGGCUGUCGCUUUCGAUAGGGUGUGCGUUAAAGAUUACAACUUGGGCAGACCUAACGACAAAGCUACUGAAGAUUAUAUUAUCCGCAAAGGUGAAGGCCUUAUAAUACCAGCCUGGGCGUUCCAUAGAAAUCCAAACUACUUUCAAAAUCCUCUAAAAUUCGACCCAGAGAGGUUCUCUGACGAAAAUAAACAUAAUAUUAUUCCCUUUACAUAUGUACCAUUUGGACUGGGUCCUCGGAACUGUAUAGGUUCCAGAUUCGCGUUAUGUGAAUUGAAGGUAAUGCUAUAUCAAAUACUUCAAGAUAUUGAAGUGGUGCCGUGUAAGAAGACUCCUGUUCCGGCCAAGCUGGCCAAUGGCACAUUCAACGUACAAAUUAAAGGAGGUCACUGGGUUCGGCUCAAAAUACGACAAAACUAGCGACCUGUCCCGACUUC